UGUGGGCCUCCUUUGGUCAUCCAAGGAGCACUCUAUGGAGAAGUGAAAGCAUCUAAAUGGACCAAAGAGUUCCAGUGUGAAGGGACAGAAUCUUCUCUCCUGGGCUGUAGAAACAGAGGCCCAGUUAGAAACACCUGCUCACCUGGCAAAGCUGUUGGACUUACAUGCUCAGAACCUGUCAGAUUGGUGGGAGGAGCCAGUCGUUGUGAAGGAUUACUGGAGGUUAAACUGGGAACUUGGAGACCAGUGAAUGCCUCAAACUGGACCAUGAAGGAAGCAGCUUUAGCCUGCAGAGAGCUGGACUGUGGUUCUGUUGUUUCCAUGGGAACCAGGAAUAAUACUUCUGUUAAACUUUUUUGGGAAAUUAACCUCAACUUGUUUAAAUCUGGAUCUUCACUGAGGGAGUCUGCAUCAUCAUCAUCUAAGUUUUAUUCAAUUCUGGAGCUUGUAUGCACAGACCUGCUAGUUCAGCCAACCAUUUCAGUGUCCACCAAGGGUGGGGUCACGCGCACAAUCCCCCAGGGUUUAGCAGGAGUGUUAUUGGGCUCCAGCUUCACAAUCAUUUGCUCCAUCCAGCCCCAGUAUCCAGGAGGUUCCUUCCAGCUCUUCUUCACCUCAGCCAACACGACACAGAGCUACAGCCAACCACAUAUCAAUCACUCAGCACACUUCCUGUUUCCUGAAGCAGGGCCCAACCACUUUGGAAACUACAGUUGUGUUUAUAAUGUUCAUGUUUUCUUUCAUAACUUCUCC